AUGAAUUUUGUAAACUGUAGUAUAUAUUUACUCUGAUCGAUUAAACUGUGGUUUCGGGUUGGGAAUGCUUGGAAUAUUAUCAAAGGAGCUUCAGCCAUUUAGCCUUUUCUAUGAAGAAUUCAUCUUACAGGAUACCGGUUAGGUUCAAUUAAUUAAUGCUAUUAGGGUUAGGAAAUUUGGCAUCACAUUCACAAUGGUUGACAAAACCCCUCUCUGCUCAACAUUAGAGAGCUGGAUAUCUUGUUGACUCAAUCAGUCAUUCUCCUUCUUGUCCUCAGCUUAGCAUUUAGUUGCAUAGAUCUUUAGAACUUCCUUGUUUUUAGGUGCAGCAUACACUAUUAGAAUCUCUAAUUCGCUGCUGUUAGACUCGGUUGGCAUUGCAAUGGCUGAUGGACAUCCAAAAUAAAAUCAAAUUGGUAUCUGGACACUCCCAGUGGUGCACAUGAGUCCCAUAGCAGUAGAUUAGAUCAUCUUCAAAGUUCUGUACCUCAGGACAACCAUGUCGAUUUUAUGCUGCCCAAAAUCUCACCUAUUGGUGCUCCGCAGCCCUUUCUUCCUCUUCUUGCACCUUCACCGUUGGCUCCAUUCACGAAUACCUCUAUCCCAAAGUUAUCAGGACUCUGUGUUUUGAACUUCACAGCUGCUGAAAGUUUGAUGAGUAUGACAGCAAUUGAUUGCUGGGAGGUUUUUGCACCGUUUCUGGCUAAUGUAAUAUGUUGUCCCCAGGUGGAAGCGACUCUCACGAUUCUGGUUGGUCAUUCCAGUAAACAUACCAAUGUACUGGCCUUGAAUGGGACCACUGCCAGGCACUGCCUUUCGGAUGUGGGGCAGAUUUUGAUGGGCCAAGGUGCCAGUGCUAAUCUGAGGCAGAUAUGUUCAAUUGGUACUUCAAAUUUCACUGAGGCAUCUUGCCCAGUGAAAAAUGUGGAUGAGUUUCAUGACAUGGUGGAUACUUCUAAACUCCUUACUGCCUGUGAGAAAGUUGAUCCAGUGAAAGAAUGUUGCUACCAAGUUUGUCAGAAUGCUAUAUUGGAAGCUGCAACAACAAUUGCUUCAAAAGGUCCUGAUCUUAUGGGCAUAGAUGCACUGCGUGUUCAAACUGAGAACUCUAGUCGGAUCAAUGAUUGUAAGAAUAUUGUCCUUCGGUGGGUAGCUAGCAAGCUCGAACCUUUUCAAGCAAAGAAAGUUCUCAGAGGACUGUCUAAUUGCCAUGCUAACAAAGUUUGUCCACUGGUUUUCCCCGACAUGAAGCAUGUUUCCAAGGGUUGUGGGGAUGGGAUAAGUAACAAGACAGCCUGCUGUCAUGAAAUGGAAAGCUAUGUGUCUCACUUGCAAAAGCAGAGCUUCAUCACAAACUUGCAAGCUUUGGAUUGUGCGGAUACUUUGGCAGCCAAAUUAAAACGAUCAAAUAUUACUGAAGAUGUUUAUAGCCUGUGUCACAUAAGCCUCAAGGAUUUUUCCCUCCAAGUUGGAAACCAAGCGGCUGGUUGUCUGUUGCCUAGCUUGCCUUCGGAUGCUACAUUUGAUAGCACUUCUGGUAUUAGUUUCCUUUGUGAUCUAAAUGACAAUAUCCCAGCUCCCUGGCCUUCCACCUCUCAGUCAACAACUUCAUCAUGCAAUAAAUCCGUCAACAUCCCUGCUCUUCCUGCAGCAGCAUCUGGUCAAAAUUGUCUCUACAGCCGCAAUGUGCUGUUUUUCCUGUUUGUUGCUUUAUCAUUUCUCCGUAUGAUAGUCGCAUAACUAUAAAUGCUGCUUCCUUAUUCCUACAACAAGAAGGAUUUUUUUGGGCAGGCAUUACGCCAAAGGUUAACAAUGACCAGAUUGAUGAACUCAAUCGAAGGUGAAGUCCAGCCAGUUUCUAAUCUUGUUGAUUCAUGAUUCUUAUUUGCUUGUGUAAUAAAAUAUUUGUAUAUAGGAAAUUUAGAAAGCAUAGGUUAUACACUGUAACUUAUUGAGGUUGGUAUGUAAGCCAGGAUUGCAUUUGGAGGCUUUUUGUAAUCACCCUUUCUUAGCUAUAGGCAUUUCAUUCAGGAAGAAGAUUCUUAAACAGUUAAACCUAUUAACUUGUUAAGAUCUGUCCCAAACCCAUCUCUUUCACAGCAUGCCCCAUUCUCAGUAAUGAGAUCUUGAUCUUGUUUUUUUGUUCAUGGUAAAGUUCAUGCAUAUAUACUCGCUAGCACUAAUAAAACCUGAAUAGCACUUCAAGUAUACUGCAGAGCAGAUCGAAUAAACAUUCCAAAACAUGAUAAUCGUAAUCCCCAAAUUAAUUUGUAUAUUGUUUGCAACCGGAUUUUU